AUGUCUGGGAAACACAAAGGACUUGUCGCAAGAGCCCAGGAGGUUGAGCCUUCGGUCAGAUGGACCCACUGCAGCAUACACAGUGAGGCGCUUGCGUGCAAGGGCAUGCCCUCAGCGCUGAAGGAUGUCCUCGCACAAGCUGUAAAAAUUGUUAACUUUAUAAAGGCUCGACCACUGAACUCGCGCCUGUUUGCGGGGAUGUGCGAUGAAAUGGGCAGCGAACACAAGCACCUGCUCCUCCAUACAAAGGUGCGCUGGCUUUCCAGAGGGAAAGUCCUUGCUCGCCUGUACGAACUCCGCGAUGAAGCGCAAAUAUUUCUCUUGAACGCAUCGUCGAACCUCAGCGAGCUGUUACUCAACCCGUCUUGGUUGGCAAGCCUUGCAUACCUCAGUGACAUAUUCGAAAGCUUGAACGAACUGAACCUCUCCCUCCAGGGGAAGGCAGUGACGAUAUUCAAGGUGCACGACAAGGUCGAAGCAAUGACCAAGAAGCUCGAUGCGUGGGCCAGCCGUGCAGAGAAGAAGGUAUUUGCUUCGUUCCCGCGACUAUGUCAUUUCCUUGAGUCUUCCGAAGAACAGAUGCCAGAAAGCCUGCAUUCAGCAAUAUUGGACCAUUUGCGGUCUCGGAGGAAAAGACUGUUGGAAUAUUUUCCUCCCCUGCCUCCCACAACAAACUGGAUAAUGAAUUCAUUUCAGGAAAACCUCGAAAACGAUCUGCCGCCAUCGGAGGAAGAUGUGCUUAUUGAACUUUCAUGUGACACAUCGUUGAAGCUGAAGUUCGCGCAAGGCCAUCUUGCCGAUUUUUGGAUCGGAGUGCGGUCCGAACAUCCUGCCUUGUCAGAGAGAGCCCUGAAGCUGCUGCUCCCUUUUCUACAACAUAUCUGUGUGAAGUUGCCUUCUCCGCACUCGUGCACAUCAAGUCCAAGUCGCGGAACAGAAUUGAGGUCGAGCCGGACUUACGACUCCGCCUGUCUUCGAUCGAACCUGACAUCAGUGCCCUUGUAG